UUGAAAUCUAUGUUUGUAUAGUUUAUUUUAAAAAAAAGAAGAAGCUGAAACCUUUUUUAAUGAAAUGGUUAAAACUACAGAUAUAAGAUUGGUGUGACCAAAGUUCUUUUUAGAUUAACCACUUCCUUUUUAAUGCAUCUUGUUUAAAACAGCGUGACUCAAACUGCAUUCUCUGGCCAAGCAGCCACAAUGAAUGUCAGAUUUUGGAAAUGGAUGGUUCAUGUCAUCAAGCUGUUGUGCACUAUUUCAGAUCACUACGGAGCGGCAGUAGCAGGAGUACAUGUGGAAGUCACUUUGAGGGGGACUGUUACUUUCAAUUGUAAUGCUUCACAUGACAACAUAGUACAGCUGAACUGGAAGAAAAGCAGUUCCUGUGCAUCAGAACUUCUUUUUGCUUAUACUGCCAAUGAGACUUUUAUUAAUACAACCACAGAAAGAAUUAAGUGGAGUAAAGAAAAUCCACUGACUCUUCAUAUUACUGAUGUGCAGUCGUCUGAUGAAGGGAAUUAUAGCUGUGAUGUGACAUCAACACAAGGAGUAAAGGACAUGAAGUGGGAGCUCACAGUCCGUCUAGAAACAGCUGUCCCCAAUACAGAAAUGCUGAAAUAUGUGCUUUUCUCACUAUGUGGAAUUAGCCUCAUUUUAGUUGGUCCAAUCAUUUACUGUUGUACAAGGAGGCAAAGAAGAUCCAAACAAGACCAGAAUCUAAGGACAAAUGAUGGAAAUGGAGCAGAGCUGACUGAAAACCUCAGUAAUUUAAAGAAUAGAAGAAGCAAUUAUUUUGAAAGACUGAAUUCUGUAUAUGAAAGCAUUGGAUAGAGAUACCAAUGAUUCAGCUUUAAUAAGAAACAUAAAAAUAUACAUUAUUUAUAAUGGAUGUGCAUUUCUAUGAUAUGAAGUCCAAUUGCACAUGGACUGUUUUGAACUAGGCUGAAUAGCCAUGCUGUGAGAAUAAGUGUUCUUUGUGCUGUAUGAAGUAGGAAAUAAACUAAUAGAAAAACAGAAACCUUCUAGAACAUUUUUUUAAAGAAGAAAAAGAAGAAGAAACUAUUUCCUGCAGACUAUUAUUGGCACUUAAAUGUUAUUUGAAUAAAUGGAUUAUUCUUACAAAUAAUUUUUAAUGGUAAGUUUGUUUCCUAAUUUAAAAUAAUCUAAUUCUGUUUGUCAGAUAACAGUACAAGUACUGUAGUAACAAUAUUUGAGACUGAAGCUCUCGUAAAGGAUGUGCCACUUUCUGGUUAAUUCAUAAAUGAACAUUUCCAUAAGAAAUUCAAUUGCACAGGUAAAAUAAGUGUGGACGAAAGUCGAGAUAACAGCAGGCAAACACCAAUAAAAAAUGUAAAAAAAAAUUCUUUAUUCUUGGUGAGUUUUAAAGAGACUGCAGACCCUCAGCUCAGUCAGCCAGGUCAGAUCAGACAGCCUCACAUUCCAAGGAGUUUCUCUCUUUUAUAGUAGAUCUGUUACAUGUUCAAAGCAGCAUUUAGCAUAGCAAGCUUUAGUGAUCAAUAUCUUAUCUUGCUUAGGCAUGCAAUGUUUUUGCACAACAGCCAGGAGGAAUUUAGCUACAUACCCAAGUUUUUAGCAAUAUGCUCAAACUAGUUUAAGCAAGGGUUCAGAAACUGGUCACAGCUGAUUUCGUAAUAUCACAGGGUGUUCUGUUAUUAUCAAGGUCAGCAGUUUCUUAUAAAUGAUGCAAGUUAGUCCCUUAAUGCUGUGCACACAGCUUAAUUCUUUUUAUGCAUAAAUGAGGAACAAAUCAUAUAGCUCUCUGCAGCAUGACUGAUUCAAAAUACAGUCCUUGAUAUUUGUGAGUUAAACAAUAAUGCUUUCUCUUCCUCAAAAGCUUAACAAUACAGCCUAUCAAUUAAACGCUUCUCAAAUGCAUUCUUAAAAGAAACAACAUAUUCAGCUUCUCAAAGUACAACUCCUAUUUAAUUUCCAAAAUGUAAUGAG